GUAAUUGAUGUACAUUUGAAUCAAUUGAAGUAAUGAUUGUUUUGCUGUGUUUUGUGAGCACUACUCAAGUGAUGAGUGUUUGUAUGACUUAUCCGUUGAUAUGAUAUAAAUAAUGGUUAAAAUCGAUGGACAGUUGGCUCAGGGCGUCGGUAGGGUUGAGAUGAAGUUAAUAGAGCCGGUUCUGACCACUUUUCAUGUGGCCAAAGUAUUUCGGGAAAACACCGAUAAAAUCAAUUCAAUUGACUUCUCGUCCAACGGCGAGACACUGAUCACCUCAUCGGACGACGACUCGAUUGUCAUCUAUGACUGCGAGAAAGGCACACAAAAGAGGUCACUCAACUCCAAGAAGUAUGGCGUCGAUCUCAUCCAUUACACACACGCCGCCAAUACAGCCAUUCACUCGUCCAACAAAGUGGAUGACACAAUCAGAUACCUUUCAUUACACGACAAUAAAUACAUCCGAUAUUUUCCCGGACACACAAAAAAAGUGGUCACUUUAUGUAUGAGUCCCGUUGACGAUACUUUUCUUAGUGGUUCUCUCGAUAAAACAAUCCGAUUAUGGGAUCUGAGAUCACCUAAUUGUCAGGGAUUGAUGCAUCUAUUAGGCCGACCGGUUGCCAACUUUGAUCCCGAAGGACUCAUAUUUGCUGUUGGAAUCAAUUCAGAAUCGGUGAAGUUGUAUGACCUGCGAUCCUUCGAUAAGGGACCCUUCAAUACGUUCAAACUCCCGCAGGACAAGGACUGUGACUGGACUGGUCUCAAAUUUUCACCCGACGGCAAGAUUAUUAUGAUUUACACCAAUGGAAACAUCAUUCAUACGAUCGAUGCCUUUCAAGGGACACCACUUCAGACACUUAUGGGUCACGUUAACAACAAAGGCCUGCCAUUGGAGGCAUCUUUCUCACCCGAUUCGCAGUUUAUAUUUAGCGGAUCCACUGACGGUCGUAUUCACUGUUGGAAUGCUAUUACGGGUAACAAAGUGGCUAUUUUUCAGGCCGAACACCAGUCACCCGUACAGUGCGUUCAAUUUAAUCCGAAGUACAUGAUGUUAGCCUCUGCUUGUAGUACAAUGUCCUUCUGGAUACCGGCCACACCCGAUGAAUGAGACAUUCAAUCUUUCAUUACAUAACUUGAUCAUUGCAUUCAAUAUUUAUUGACCAAAAUUAUCAAAACUUUUUUAUAAAUUCAAUAAAUGACAAAUAUUUGACAUCAUUUGGAUCUAUAGUAUUGAU